UGAUGAUAAAUUUUAAUUUAGAGACCAUGAAAACAAUUGCUGUCAAGGAUUUUUCUUUGAGGAAAUUUCACAUGAAUGCAAAGAAUGUCCUCCAGGGUACAUCGGCGUCAACUGUUCAAUGGCAUGUCGGUAUCCAGGGUAUGGCAAAUAUUGUCAGGAACAAUGUAACUGUUCACAGGAGUUGUGUGACGUAUCAACAGGAUGUCUCUGCCUGAAUCUCGAUCCACUCAAUGAAGAAAAAGUGCUCCAGGAAAAAAAAUCAACAAAAUCUAAGGAUGAGAACAAAAAUUUGAAUAUAGAGUCCAAAAUAAUACCAAUUUUGAUCAGUAUCAUAGCUUUCUUGGCAUUCCUGCUAUUCACUAUUUCUGGACGAUUAAUGUGGAAAAGGGUUAAACAGGUUAACCCUAAAAUUGUACAAAGACAACAGGAGAUUAAAGGUCUUGAGAGAAAAAUAAACAAAACAAAGGAAAAUGAAGAAGCAAAGGAAAACUUUUACGAGGACAUUGAUGGGCUAAAAGCAGGAGAGAACAGGAAAGACAUUUUGUCUUCUGAAAAUAAUUACAUCGACAAGCUGAAUUUCGUUGAAAAAGAAAAGUCUGACAAUCCAGAAAUGAAUCAUUUCUACGAUGCUUUGAAAUAACAAAAUACUAUUCAAAAUGUUACUUGUCGAAAAAGUAUCUAACAUAAUAGUUGUAAGCAGAUAACUUAAUAAAAAAAUUCCCCAAAAAAAAGCAAAACAACUGCUGUGUUAUACAUUAAGCAUGUCAUCAUAAAGCUCAAACCUGAUUUAAGAAAAAUGUUAUUUCCUUUACAAUUAUAUUUUUGACGUGCAUAGAUAUUAGCUAUGAUAAAACCAUAGCUACAUAUUUUGGUCACACCUUAUGUCCGCGAGAUAUACAUUGAAUUUUGUCCCUUUCUUCGUGUGACAUCAUUUUUACUUCCUUGAGAUAACUGCUACAUGUAAUCUUUAGGAAUACUUUUAAAAGCAAAAAUAAUAUUUUUUGUGCAUAUCGUAUUAUAAGGAAAAAUAGUUAUGAUGAACAAAAAAAUAUUCUCAGUACACGAAAAAAAAAAUCUUGGUUUUCAUCUACUUUCCACUUCAAAUUAAAAAAAAUCUACUUACAUGUAUAUGAAUCCUAAUACAAUGUAUAUGAUGUUAAGUGUCCUCCAGAAACAGGAUGUAAAAGUUAAGAACCCCCCCCCUUUUUUUUAGAACUUCACAAUAAGAUUGGUGUAACAUGCUCUAUGAAAAAAAAAAAACAUUUAAAGAACCCCCCCC